CGGCGCGGCCUGGGCGGGGGACUUCGGGGACGCGCGGCCGCCGCGGACUCCGAACUCCGGCUCGGGUUCGGGGCUCGGUGCUCGUGGCCGGCCGGGCUUGGCUUGCGGGCGACCGUGGAGUGCGGCCCGGCCCGGGAUCCCCGAGCUCUGCGCGGAAAGGAUUAUUUUUUGGAGAGUGGCGCUUAUUAGUCGGCACUGCCCUAGUUUAGAGCCCUGCCUUUGGGGUUUUCUGCUCGGAUUGCAGCUUUCUCCUGGGAUUUCGGGAUGUCACGGCGUUUUAGUGUUGGGUGUCAGAGGGGAUCCUUGGCGAGGUCGUGGAGAGCCCCUGCAGCACCUGAUUGGCGAUGGCAGAGGAGACUGUGUCUGAGGGUGGGACAGAGAAACGAAACGUGACUGAGAUCCUGUUUGGAUAUUCUGCUGAAGUUGUCAUGUUUCUGUUCAGUACACAGCAAGUUGAUAAACCGGGUUGUAGUUAUUUGGUGAUGCAAGGUGUUUGACUGACAAAUAGACCUGGGGUGAUCUGGUUUGGCUAAGAAUGUUUGGAAUAUCCCAAGUAUCUGUCUCCAACGUAUCCCUCUUGGCAGGCUCAUCUUUUACUCUGUUGCAAAUAUUCAAGUAUAGGAAUAAUGCUGCGGUAACACAGGCCUGAAACCGAGAAGUGUUUUCAAAAGAGCAAAAGUCCAGGUAGGCAGAUAGGUAGCGUGGGAGAACUCACCCUUGAAAACCAGUUACCCUCACGGAUUCUUAGUUUUUUGUAAUGUCUCAGAUAGGAAGAUAGCCAUAGAUGAUGCCAUCUAUAAGGUUUGUGGUUCGAAUUUUCUUAAAGCAUGUUUUAGGGAAAGCAGUAUCACAUAAAGCAAUGCUAUGGUCAUGCCUUUGAUCUUUCAGUGUAUCUUGGAUUUUAGUAGCUGGGGUCUAUUUUAAAUGGAUCACAUAUACUCGUGUUCUGCUUAACUUGGAGACAACCCUGAGUCAUGCUUUGUAGAAGUUACGGAGCUCACGUGUCUGUUGUGUCUGUGAGUGCUGGGACAUGCUUUACCUUUACUUAUUACCGUCGCUGCAGCCGCUAUGGGAACUCCUGGGAAAGGAGGGCCUGGGCGAUUGGGAGCACAGACCGAACUUUCCCUGACUUUCCUCAGGUUCUCGUUUUCUCAUGGUUAGCCCUUCUCUGCUGGGAGGGUGCACAGUGACUUCGGAAAGUCAUUGCUGCCCUGCCAGCCAGUUUUUUACCUAGCUGUGUUUACUUUGGGGAAGGUCAUAGUAGCCCAUUUUAGUGGAAACUGAGGGGCAGUGGGAUUUUAUGAUUUUUUUUUCUUUUUGGAUUGUGUCAACACUUUAGCUGCAGAGUUUGUGUUCUUUUGGUUUGAUACUUUAGAUAAUUCAUAAUUUUUUGUAAGACUGUCUUUCUGCCUUCAGCUCUUCUAGCCCACAUGGUUGAGAGAGGAGAAAAAGAAAAAAAAUCCAUCUCUGGUUUAGUUUAUCGGUAAUUUAGUUUUACGAUCCCAUUAUCCUAUGUGUUUGGCAACUUGUGCUGGCCUGUAUGUGGAUAUUAACUCAGAGGACUCCUUUAGAUGCCACUGAACCAACUACUAUAAAAAGUAUUUCACUUUCAAACACCCACGUUCCCAAGAACAGAGAAAGUCAGUACAAAGGCAGUUUGGAAGGUCUCUUCCUCCCGAGGACUCCACCAGUCCAUCCUACUGCAAAGCAGUUUGGAAUUACAUUGUGGGCUUCAGGUGUUGCAUGUUGCCUUUGUAGACUGAAAACUCCACGAGGUCAGUGUUAUACUUCCUUCUUCCUGUGUAUCUGUAUCUCACAUGGACUCCCUCGCCCCAUGAUAGGGGACCUAAGAUAAAUUUUGUCUGAAUGAUUACUAAGGCACUGGGGAAAGAAUGCUUUGAGUUUGGGGAAAUGCCUUUUAACUUACUCCAUCACUGAUUUGUUGUUAUCAGUAAUGACACCAAAACCUUCCACUUCCGUCCAUCAGUUGGGCUUUGCGGAGUUAAGUCAGAGAAAGAAAAGGUAAAACAGCUCUGGGUUUGCGUCUGUUCCAUCUCACUAUAGCACAUGGAGGCCUGACCACCCCUACCUCGCUGCUGAGGGUAAAGGAUGACAGCUGAUGCUUCUGUCAGUCCACAUUUUAGCUUGUUUGCUUUGAAGAAUUUGUAAAGAAAGGUAGCAAAGUAGCUGCUGCAGGCUCUGAUUUCAGCCCCUGCUGUGCUAUGCAAAUGUUCUCUCCAUGCCUGAGUGACCUUUUGAGAAAGAGCCUUUGUCAUCUUCUGUAGCCAGGGCUUGCUCUUGUUCUGAAAAUGCGGACCAGAUUCCUCUAAAAGUGGGGGGAAAAUGGAUCUUCAAAGACCACACACAAGGCUGGGGCUUUUCUUGGGUGUAGGAUGAUAGAUCCAAGCUUCUUCGCAUCUUUGCUAGCAGCUUUGAAAUUUACUCUGCAGUUUGCUUUGCAGGUUCAUUUUGGGAACAGAGUGUGUAAGCGGGAACUGCCAAGGCAGUUCAGUAGCUGCGGAACAGUGGCAUGCCCUGGAAUUGGCCACAAAAGCAAAGCCGCAUCGUUAGCACAUGGGCCUUUGCUAGUGGCCUAAGGCUGGCUCUCCAUGGUGCUGGCUGAGUGGCCCUCAGCCAGUCUUUCUGGCUCCUGAGCUCCCGAAGACGAAGUGCUGGAGCAGAUGGAUAAUGGAGACUGGGGCUAUAUGAUGACUGACCCAGUCACAUUGAAUGUAGGUGGACACUUGUACACAACAUCCCUUACCACAUUGACACGUUAUCCAGAUUCCAUGCUUGGAGCUAUGUUUGGGGGGGACUUCCCCACAGCCAGAGACCCUCAAGGCAAUUACUUCAUUGAUCGAGAUGGACCUCUUUUCCGAUAUGUCCUCAACUUCUUACGAACUUCAGAAUUGACCCUCCCCCUGGACUUUAAGGAAUUUGAUCUGCUUCGGAAAGAAGCUGAUUUUUACCAGAUUGAACCCUUGAUUCAGUGUCUCAAUGACCCUAAGCCUUUGUAUCCUAUGGAUACUUUUGAAGAAGUUGUAGAGCUGUCUAGUACCCGGAAGCUUUCUAAAUAUUCCAAUCCUGUGGCUGUCAUCAUAACCCAAUUAACCAUCACCACCAAGGUCCAUUCCUUACUAGAAGGCAUCUCAAAUUAUUUCACCAAGUGGAAUAAGCACAUGAUGGACACCAGAGACUGCCAGGUUUCCUUCACCUUUGGACCAUGUGAUUAUCACCAGGAAGUCUCUCUCAGGGUCCACCUGAUGGAAUACAUUACAAAGCAAGGUUUCACAAUCCGCAACACUCGGGUGCAUCACAUGAGCGAGCGGGCCAAUGAGAACACAGUAGAGCACAACUGGACUUUCUGUAGACUGGCCCGGAAGACAGAUGACUGAUUAUCAGCCCUGGGGAGAACUUCCUGUAAGCUCAUGUUUUUGGGGGACAUGGAAGAGACUGUUGUUCUUUUUUAAAUCAUAGUGUGCCCUCCCUUUUAAUAUUUAUAUUUAUUUGAAAGCAUUGAGGACCAGAAGGAAGUUUCAUGUGUGGACAGUCUUCUCCCUGUUUUGUUCCCAAGUAUGCAUGUGCUGUUCAGAAUCCAGAAACCUUUUGAUAAAAAGAGAUCUGAAAAUCAUUAUGAUAUAUAAUCUGCCCUAACAGUGCUAAAAUGAUUUCUGAUAAUGUGGUCCCUAACUCAACUAGAAGGCUAAAAAUAUAGUAAUGAAAGAUUAAGCAGAGUAUUCAUGAUGUCUUUGAAAAAAAUCAGAAUAUCAUGUAGGGUGAGCUCAAUUCCAGACCAGUAGGCAGUAGUGUUUUAAAGGAAAACUGGUCAGUCAUCUGCCGGUACUUGUUAAGGACUGCUUCCUACAGUUUUGACAACUGUUUCUUUCUAUGCAUAUAAAUCAAGCAACCAAAUAUCUGUAGCCAUUGGAAUGUCUGACUAGAAAUAUUUAUAUUGGAUUCUCAAUAUAAAAUGUCCCUGUGGUAGAAACCUUAUGCCUGGUACAGUUUUAUUCCCAAGUGUACUGUCUACCGGGAAAGAAAAAUCUAAUAAAAAAUGGAGUAUGAACAUUAA